AUGAACAGCUCGGUGCCCAGCGGCCAGCUGAGGCAGCCCGAGCCCCAGGACGUGGGCUCCUUCACGCCCGUGACCAUGGUGAGGAGCGUGGCCAGGAGAUCCGACGCUCUGCCCGUCAUCUCCGCCAUCGUCGUCGCCUUCGUCCUCCUGGCCGUCGUCAUCGUCGUGCUGGUGCAUUACGGCCCCCAGCUCCGCACCGUCCAGCUCACCCUGUCCCACGAGCCCCUGCCUCAGGACAUGGACCAUGGGGUGCACCUCACGGACUGGAAGCAGUUGGGCUCCCAGAAGCAGCUGGGAGCUGCCCAGCCCUGCCGCUGCUCCUGCAGGAACCACCUUCCCUGCGGCAGCGCCGAGCCCGGCCUCAUCGAGGUCACCUACCUGUGAGGAGGCUGGGGCAUGGAACAGCAGGGAACUGGCAGCUCAGCACCA